GAAUAGAGUGCCGAAGUGUGACGUCAUGUUACCAUGGUAGCAUUUUUGCUGGAUCUAAACACUAUUUGGCGUCUUUCGUUACAUCUCAUCAUAAAAUGGGCCAAUGCUUCGUUCCCGACUGCAAUCAUCAGUCAGAAAGUCACAAUUGCAGCUUUUACCGUUUCCCCAAAGAUCCUGCUCAAAGAAGAAAAUGGAUUUCUCUAAUAAGACGAGCUGAUCGUGAACCUGGCAAAGGCGCUCGAGUUUGUAGUUGUCAUUUCCGAGGAAGUAAAGAAGAAGGCCCCGAGGUCUUUUCCUGGAAUAAAGACAAACUAUUUGAAUCUCGAAAUGCUCCAAAAAGGAAAAAGCAAAGAACUGAAGUCCCAGAGACAACGACUAUCGAGCAGAUCCUUUCAGAAUCUUCGACGAAGAGCAACCAGAACGAGCCUUGCGAGCUCAGUUGCGAGGAGAUGCAAAUGAAAUGCACUACUUUGCAGACUGAAAAUAUCCUGCUACAAGCAGAGCUAGGGACAUUAAAGACCCAAGUAUCCGAGUUGAAAGAAAAAGAAAGCUACUUAAAAAGAAACUACAGCUCUUUUAACAUGGAUUCAAAGGUAAUCAACAUGGAAACUGGCCUCCCAAACAAAGAAAUGUUCCACAUUGUUGUCGAAUAUGCCGAAAGAUACCGCAACGAUAUUGUUUACGUGUGUGGCUGGAAAGUAGACAAGAUAUCUUUUGAAGAUCAAAUAUUGAUAACAUUGAUGAAGAUUAGACAUAAUUAUCAUAACUUACAUUUAGCUGAACUUUUUAGUUGCAGUACUGCUACAAUAGCGAAUAUUGUGACAACAUUUAUCCAUGUUUUGCACCAAAUUCUAUAUGAAGAUCAAAUGGAGAUAGCUGUUCCAUCCAGACAAAAAAACAAAACUUCACUUCCAGGCUCAUUUAGCUUAUUUGGAGACUGUCGUAUGGUAAUAGAUUGCACCGAUAUCGAGGUUGCUACACCUAAGCUUAUGAGUGACCAAAAAUUGACAUAUUCAACGUACAGGGGUAUGAAUUCUUUUAAGACAAUUGUUGGUGUGGCACCCAACGCGGUUAUAACUUAUGUAAGUAAACUUUUCCCUGGCUCAGUAUCAGAUAAAGUAACGGUUCAAAAGUCAGGAAUAUUAAAGCAUUUUGUUGCUGGGGAUAUUAUACUUGCGGAUAAAGGGUUUUUGAUAAAUGAUAUUGUUCCUAAUGGUGUAUAUGUGAACAUUCCCCCAUUCUUGAACAAUGGAAAAUUUACAGAAAGUGAAGUUAAGUUAACAAAGAGCAUUGCAAAAUGUCGUAUACACGUAGAACGUGCUAAUGCUAGAUUGAAGAACUAUAAAAUUUUAAAUUUUGUGCCACCAUACUUGCGAUCCCUCUCUGGUAAGAUUAUACAGCUAUGUGGUGCUUUAGUUAAUUUACAAAACCCAUUAAUUAAGGAAACCAAUGACACUGUUGACUUUGAUUAGUCAUUUUAAUUGAAAUAUUGAUCA